AAACCGUUCAGCUGCAACACCCUUCCGGUGCCUAGCUGCCAUGCCACCCGAAGGAAGUACGAGGGCUGGGAUACUGCCAGGUUGCCCAACCCUAGACAGGGGAAGUCGAGAGGCCGAGGUCGGGAUGAACGACAAUCACUUUGAGUCUCCAACUAUCAGCUCGCCAGACGUAACUAGUUUGGCCGGAUCAAUCACGUCUGACGAUCGACUUGACUCCGAUAUUGAAGCAGACCUACAGCAGACACGACUAGCUACUGCCGUGGAAAGAUUCUCCGUAACUAGUUCGGACGCUCUGCUUCAUGGUAGUGUCAGCGGAGCUGUGGGUGCCAUCGGCGAUACAGUGAGCCAGCAAAGCAGCUUAUUGACGGCAGGAAGAGACCAAAACCAAUCCACAUUUUUCCAGUACGCCAUGCUGUCCGGCAUUGCUAGUCAACUGAACAGCUUGUCAUCCAAAAUGGACAUCGGUUCGCCAUCUUGUCUGUCGUACCGGACUCACCUGAUUAUUGGAACUACCAAAGGUGUUAUAUUCGUUUUUAGUCUCCGUCAGGUAUUGCGAUUCUGUUUUGGUUGUAGUGGAGAUCAAAAAGAUGCUAAUGCUGAUUUACAUGGGUCCGUCACCUCGCUUUGUCAGAACAGAGAUGGUUCUCUACUAUUGUCUGGCUAUUCUAGUGGUCGCAUUGCUGUUUGGCAGCUCACUGCGCCGGCUGAAUCCACCAGCGGCAAAGACACAGCAACGGAUGAGACUACAGCCGAGGAUAAUAGCCAAGGCGCUGUCGAUCUUUCACUCGGUUCAGAGACUUCUCACACACCUGUCAGAUCAUUGACCAGUCGUCUGAGUUCCCUUCGUGCUGGGAGUGGUUCAACGACGGAUCGUUUCAGGAGUCGCCUUUUAUGCAUUGUAGAUGAUGCUCAUGGUGUUGAUCAAGCUAUUCACUUUUGUCUGUUCACCACGGUUCCCUCCCUGGCGGUUUGCGUAGAUACUGGCGGAUCGGUUUUUCAACUCCAUUUUAAGAGAGGGCUCACUGGACUGAAGCGAGAGGCAGUAUGCUUCUUUUCUGGCAGUCGUGGCGAGAUCUGUGGACUGGACACACUAGGGUCUUCGUCGUCAUACGCUGAGCACUUGGCAGGUUGUGUUGCGGGCGAUGCCGUCUCCCAGUCCUCUUCUCACGACAAGGUUGACUUCUUUCGUUCUGCCAGUGCACAAAGUCUUGCCAGCUACGCUUUGGUCGCAAUGGCUUCAUUCACCAAACUGGUCAUUGCUACUCUACGCCCACGCAUCCAAAUAGUCUAUUGGCAGCCGCUGAAAGGUCCGGCCUCGUGUCUUCCUCUCCUUAGUUGGCAGUGGGACCAUCGGCAUUGUGCUUGCAAUUGCUCGUCUCGUGCUGUUCUAGCUUUCGGCCGUGGAUCAGUCGUGCACUUGCUUCGUGCUGUCCAUCCGUCAGAAGUCCCUUCCAAUCGGAGUUUGUCCGCUGCAGGUGCACUCCAUUUUGAACUGACACAUUCCAUCGAAUUGUCAUACAACCUCCUGGCACUCAAUUGGAUCUCCUCGAAAAAUCAAAUGGUCGCUUUGGAUAGUGCCAGUCAGUUGCAUUUACUCGACAGCUCGAACGGAGGAGAUAUUGAAAUAUUGGACCUCUCGUCUGUCGGAAUCUCUUAUAACUCCGAACUAUUCAAGGGACUCCAAGAUCGAGGCUUAAUCAGCGAGGCAUUGGCUUCUGCCGGGAAGAGCGCCUGCGCGCACUCAAUUUCUGUCUAUGGAUCAAAGAUGGUUGUGCUUGGGAGCGAUGGAAUUCAUGUGUUUGCUAUGCGAACAUGGGUCGCAAUCGUCAAGUCCCUUUUUCUUCAUGGAUUACUAGAAACUGCCUUAUCUCACUGUGACAACGCCCUGAUAAUGUUGCAAUCCAGAGAAUCUCCCCAGGUGGCACCCGCGAGACGUCUGGAAUUGUCCCUACCUGAAGUGCCGUCUGUUCCCCAAUUUCCACUGUCCCUUUCCAGCUUGCGAAUUCAGAUCGCUUCGCUACUUCGGAAGUAUAUGCUACCACUAUUCUCUGAUUGGCCUGAAUCGUCGUGUUCCAUAUCAUUCGUCGUCAUAAGGGCUGUGGUCUCGGUUGGAUCUCGUGUGGAUUCCGGUGAGCUAAUUUUCAACGACUUCUACCCGUUAGUGGAGAAAGUGGAUGAAUGGCAAUCCUGGUUCUUCGUCGCUCUAGUUCAAUUGAUCCGCACUUUUCCGAUAUCAGGCGUGUUGAGUUGUGAGAAACUGAUAAGUUUAUGUGACGACAAGUCCAAAGACCCCGCACUGUGCUACACUGCUCCACCAACUAUAUCUAUGAAAUUGCUAGAAUGGUGUCUAACGCCCUCGAAACAAUGCUUUCGAGCAAUGUCCUUGGAACAAGAUUCGGCACCCACAUCUCACGGAGAUCCGGGCCGUGUUUGGGCGGAACAGUGUCUGUUGCGGUUACCUCCGGCCUCCAUUGACUUGAAUCAGGCUGUCAAACUUUGUUGGAAUCACCAGCUAUACACCGCGUAUCUUCAUCUUUAUACCAACACCCUGAUGGAUUUCGAGACACCAUUUAAACAGCUCAUUGAAUGCCUCGAUGAAGAGAACAAUGGAGAACAAAUCUCUAUCCCUUCUUCACAAUCAGACUGUGGACAACACCUACUCCUGCUCAUCCGUGCUGCAUUUGCUGCCGAGUCUUCUUCCCAUGAUGCACUUCCGCCCCCUCUAUGUGUAGAUGCACCAACCCGAAUCUUCAAUCUGCUACUCAGCGAGUCCAUCGUGACAGGGGAAUCCAAACGUCUUGCUUAUCCUCGCUUUCCUCGUCUUCGACUUUUGCUCCAGUACAAUGCUGUGGAUUUCCUGAACAUGCUCACGUUGUCCAUAUCCAGCGAUUCUUUCUUUCAGGAGGGUGAACUCGGCCUUGCCCAUCGGACACAUCUGCUACACAAAUUGAUUGCGUGUACAUUGGAAUCAGCCCUAGACCACUCUUCAUCGUUCACUUCUUUUGCGCCACACGUCUUCCGGUUCAUUGUGCAUCAGCUUACUCUUCCGGAUAAUAGACAAAUCGAUAUCGAAGAGUCUAAGCUGUUUCAGCUGUCCAAGCGUAUCUGCAAUGAUAGCGGGGGGCGCACAGAGAAAACGUCGCUCCUGUUUCAGUCUGCGGUGAUUGAGCUUAUGUCAAUGGACAGACUCACGGACCUCGAAGCCUGUUUGGUCCUAGCUCAGGAAGCUGGUCUGAACUAUAUUUGUGAGUAUAUCCACCGAGUGCGUGGUGAUCGGUUCUCUGCCUUUCGCGAUCAGCUCAAUGAACUGGAACAUUUCGAAGCAACGCACCCAGGCUUCAGGACGCAGCUAAGCGAUUCGUACCCGGAACUUUCGCAGAUGGCUGAACAAGUAUUUGUUUUUCUAGAACAGGUAUUCCCGUCAGACGGAAGGAUGACUCGAGCCCCGUCGGACAUGAACAUGACUCCUGAUGACGUCUCUUGCCUCAGAGGCACGAUUAUUGAAAAGUUGGAGGUAUUCACCAUGUGGGACGCCGAACGGACCUUGCGUAUACUGUACAGUAUUUUUGGUAGUUCGAUUUCUGAACUGCUCCUUCUUCUGUUUCCGGAGUUUAGCCUCUACCAAUCUGGCAAACUUGGCGAGCCGAACGAUCGAGAAAUCAAAAAUUCCACGACCUGCUUAAAUUUGCUUCGCAUUUACUUUCGCUGUCGCCGCCAAUCGUCCUGUCAGGAAGUUUCGUUGAUGCAGUUCCUGCUAGAAAAUCUGUCCACUUAUCGCCCGUCAGUCGUUCUGCAGAUGCUAUCAGUCGAACGGCAUCCUAACGAAAUGGCCUAUCUGCAUGAAACGCUUGGAGACUUGGAGAAGGCUGCCGAGUUAUAUGAAAGUACGUUUUUAAAAUCGUGGAACUCCCAUAUCCAGUCGCAUCCUUCAAACUCAUGUGAUCUGUCGGCAGCUGACUCUUUGUCCCCAAACGCGUCUGCCGUCCCCUCCAAGAUGCUCACGCACCUCGUAGAUGAUGCUUCUCGUACUUCGGCAGAUUCUUGGUUUGCAUUUUGCCAACGACAGACGUCUCAGGAUGGCAUAUCAGAUAAGAGAGUCAAGGAAAUCUGGUUCCACGUUAUCGAUGUCUUGUUGGGUGUCCAAGCCUCACUUACAGACCCUCGGCUGAUCAGUGAAAUGAAUGAGGUCUUCCACCUGCUGAUGUCCUACAUACCAUCAAGUAUCUCGUUACCCACCAUUGUGUCCUAUGUUCUGCAGUCGGCGAAUAAGGAGAACGCAGCUAAGUUCGACAACAAAACUAACGCUCUUGUUACUCGAUUGGUGGCGACCUGUCAAUUCGAAGCCGACCAGAUGAUGCUCAAUACACAGCUGGCCAGAACAGAUCUGACUUCGCUAUUGAGCAGCGCGUUGACUCGGUUCGGCCGUGGUUUUGGUACAACCCAAACGCAUUGCGCGUUGUGUGCAGUCCAUCUGCGGUCAUCACUGGUCGUGACCAAACACUUGCAAGGCAGCAGCUCUGGAAAUACCACCAUACUGUUUCGAUGUGGCCAUGUCUUUCACACGGCGUGUCUUCGAUGUCACUCCUCAACGACGGAAUUGUGCGCACCUGUCCUUCAUUGGUCUUGUCCAUUGUGUGAGCCACGACCGAACGAUUCUGUAUCAGUUCCACCUCACGCUGCGAUGAAAGCCAAUGUGUCGUCCGCGUAUACCAAUUCCUUACCGACUCUCCCUCAGGAUGACCCUAUCUUGAUCGACACUCCAAAGCCCCAUAAGAUAAACCGAUCAUCGACUGAUUUUGUUUGUACAUAUGACGAAAUUGAUUGGAAGAUAUCAUUUGUUCUGGAUGAACGAUGA